ACGGUCCUUCUCUCACUCGCUGUGGUUGGCGCCGGUUGCCGUGCACAUGGCCGAGUGAGUAAAAUCUUUGAAUUUCAGGAGUGACAUUUACCACCUGCCCAAACCGACACAAAACCAUCACUAAAUGCGCAACACGGAUAACAUGGAUGACGAUUUGGAGUAUGAGGACGAAGAAGAGCCUUCGUUCAGUGAUCCGGAGGAUUUCGUGGAUGACAUCAGUGAUCAGGAGCUGCUUGAGGACGUCCUGAGGGACAAACCGCAGGAGGCGGAUGGCAUUGACUCGGUUGUUGUGGUUGAUAAUGUACCUCAAGUCGGACCCGAUCGUCUGGAGAAACUCAGGAAUGUCAUUCACAAGAUCUUCUCCAAGUUUGGCAAAAUCACCAAUGAGUUUUAUCCAGAUGCUGAUGGAAAGACCAAGGGGUAUAUAUUUCUAGAGUAUUCUGCACCAAGCCAUGCUCUUGAAGCUGUGAAGAACGCUGAUGGCUACAAGCUGGACAAGCAGCAUACUUUCCGUGUCAAUCUCUUUACAGACUUUGACAAAUACAUGUCAAUCUGCGAUGAGUGGGAAACUCCUGAGAAACAGCCCUUUAAAGAUUUUGGAAACCUGCGUCACUGGAUGGAGGAUCCUGACUGUCGUGAUCAGUACAGUGUCAUCUAUGACUCUGGUGAAAGAACGGGCAUAUUUUCGAAUGAUGUGAAGGAACCUAUCGAGGUGGAGGAAAGAGCGCGCUGGACCGAGACAUAUGUGCGCUGGUCUCCGAAAGGCACUUAUCUGGCCACAUUCCACCAGAGAGGCAUUGCUCUGUGGGGAGGUGAGAAGUUCAAGCAGAUCCAGAGGUUCAGUCAUCAAGGAGUGCAACUUAUCGAUUUCUCUCCCUGUGAAAGAUAUGUUGUUACAUUCAGCCCUCUCAUGGACACUAAAGAUGAUCCACAGGCUAUCAUUAUCUGGGACGUUCUUACAGGACAGAAGAAAAGAGGCUUUCAUUGUGAAAGCUCUGCACACUGGCCGAUUUUCAAGUGGAGUCCAGAUGGAAAGUUCUUUGCUCGAAUGACACAGGACACCCUGAGCAUCUACGAAACACCAUCAAUGGGUCUUUUAGACAAGAAGAGUUUGAAGAUAAAUGGAAUUAAGGAUUUCUCCUGGUCACCAGGUGAUAAUAUCAUUGCAUUCUGGGUUCCUGAGGAUAAAGAUAUCCCAGCAAGAGUCACCCUCAUGCAACUCCCAUCAAGAAAUGAGAUCAGAGUCCGUAACCUGUUCAAUGUUGUGGACUGUAAGCUUCACUGGCAGAAAAAUGGAGACUAUCUCUGUGUAAAAGUGGACAGAACACCUAAAGGAACACAGGGUGUUGUCACCAACUUUGAGAUCUUCCGAAUGAGAGAGAAGCAGGUACCUGUGGAUGUGGUGGAGAUGAAAGGUAAGGAAAGAAGCAUAUAUGUUCUGUUUAAGACUUUUUAUAUACCUGCUCUCAGUUCUGAUAUCUCUGCCUGUCCUACAGAAAGCAUCAUUGCCUUUGCUUGGGAACCAAAUGGCAGCAAGUUUGCUGUCCUACAUGGUGAAUCUCCCAGAAUCAAUGUAUCGUUCUACCAUGUGAAGAACAAUGGCAAAAUCGACCUUAUCAAAAUGUUUGACAAGCAGCAAGCAAAUAGCAUUUUCUGGAGUCCACAGGGACAGUUUUUGGUUUUGGCUGGGCUCAGGAGUAUGAAUGGAGCUCUUGCUUUUGUGGACACUUCGGACUGCACCAUGAUGAACUUUGCCGAACAUUACAUGGCAUCAGAUGUUGAAUGGGAUCCCACUGGACGAUAUGUGGUGACAUCUGUCUCCUGGUGGAGUCACAAGGUGGACAACGCCUUCUGGCUGUGGACAUUCCAGGGUCGUUUGCUGCAGAAGAACAACAAAGAUCGUUUCUGCCAGCUGCUGUGGAGGCCCCGCCCACCCUCUCUCCUGACCCAAGAGCAAAUCAAGCUCAUCAAGAAGGACCUCAAGAAGUACUCCAAGAUCUUUGAGCAGAAAGAUCGUCUCAGUCAGUCCAAGGCUUCGAAGGAAUUGGUGGACAAGAGGCGUGCCAUGAUGGAGGAGUAUCGCAAGUACCGCGAGAAAGCCAUGCAGAUGUACCAAGAUCAGAGACCCCUUCGUCUUGAACUCAGAGGAGGUGUGGACACUGAUGAUUUGGACAGCAAUGUCGAUGACUGGGAGGAAGAGACCAUUGAGUUUUUCAUCAAUGAAGAAAUUAUUCCCAUCGGAGAUCUGUAGUUCCAACAGCAGCAUUCGUUUUUUUAGUGGAGGAGUGUGGACUUGCGUUGAAGACAAAUUUGAGGGUGUUCCCAUAAGAGUUUUCCUUGUUUAUCAUCGAUCAAGUGCCUUUUAAUACUGGUUGCUGUGGAAGGAGAAUUUUGUGCCACUGUUGACUGCUGCAUUAAUAAAACAAACAAUCCAGCUCUGGGAGAACCGGUCCUGUCAGCAUCAUAAAGUCUGAUCUUGGCAGAUCUGAUGAAGCAUGUUCUUGUUUUUGCCUUUGGUAGAUCUACCUCAUCAAAAGGGUGUUACCAUGGCACAGUAUGCCAAAAACUGCUUUUACAUCACGCUGAAUGAAAACCCUUUUUUCAAGAUUUUCAGAAAGGUGAACUUGUACUUUAGUGUGCGAAAAUGGCACUACAGUGGGCUGUUUCCUCCUCCUUUCAGAUUACCUGAUAUUAAAUGCACAACAAGGGAAUAAAGUUUAAUUGAAAUUGAAA